AUGGCCGACGCUGAGGUUUCCCUGUCUCCGGCUCUGCGCCCACUACACAUUAGCCCCUCCCACUCGGCCCCGCCCCCUGCCUCAUCCUCCUCCCCCACCACCUUCUCCUGCCCCUCCUCCCCCUCCAGCGCCUCCUCUACAUCCACCUCUUCCUCCUGUUCAGAGAGCUCCUCAGACUGCCCCGCUCAUCACCACCACCACCACCACCACUACCCUCGUCACCAGCCCCGCCCUCAGCUGCAGCUGCCCCCGCCCCCCCACAGUGAGCAGCCGUCGUCCCCCAGCGCCUCCCCCCGCAGCUCCAGCCCGUCCGGCAGCAUCGGCAGCACUGGCAGCCUGGGCAGCAGCAGCGAAGGCAUCGGCAGCAGCGGCACGUCCAGCGCCGCCGACCCCCGGGGGCCCAGUCCACCGCUGGACGUCAUCUCAGAGGACGCCAUGGAGAUGGACCUGGGGGCCGACCAAGUGAUCGACCCUGAAGUGGCUCUGAAGGCCUGUCAGGAAGUUCUACUCAAAGUCCGACUGCAGAACAGAGACACGACUGAACAACAACAACAACAGGACAACAGUCGGCAGGCGGUGGAUGAGCAGCAGCAGGAUGAUGACGAUCCUCCGGCGGAUCGCGGCGGUCCUCAGUGGCCGAUGAGCCCCGACAGCAGCUCCAUCAAAGAGGAAGACGAGGAGGAAGAAGAGGAGAAAGCCCCGCCUCCCGCCGCUCCCUCACCUCCGUCGUCGGCGUCGUCCAAACAGUCGUGGCUGCUACGGCUGUUCGAGUCCAAGCUGUUCGACGUUUCCAUGGCGAUCUCUUACCUGUACAAGUCGAAGGAGCCGGGCGUCCAGGCCUACAUCGGGAACCGUCUGUUCAGCUUCCCCGACCAGGAGGUGGACUUUUACCUGCCGCAGCUGCUCAGCAUGUAUGUGCACAUGGACACGGAAGUGGGCGACGCCAUUAGACCAUAUCUGAUCUACCGUUGCCGUGGCAGCAUCACCUUCUCCCUGCUGUCAGCCUGGUUACUGGGGGCGUAUUCAUCUGACAUGCACAUCUCCACCCAGCGUCACUCCAGAGGAACUAAACUCCGGAAACUUAUCCUGUCUGACGAACUCAAACCCGACCCGUCCAGAGCUCUGUCAGUGUCCGACAGCCCCGUGUCCUCGCCGUCACACCGCCACCGCCACCGACGACACAACAGCAACCACACAGAGAUGGGCCCCGCCCCCUGCGGUGCCGCCCCUGGUGUCCCAGCCACUGGUGAACCCGAGGUGUUCACGUCUCCAUCCAGGAGGACUCAUCAGCGCUCCAAGUCGGACGCCACCACAGUGAGCUGCGGACCAGGAGCCGGACUCCGACGCACCGGGAGCAACCCGAAGGUGGAGGCGGUCCAAGAGGAGCCGGAGCGUCUGCGUCCUCAGCGCGAGUUCAUCAAGUCCCUGCUGUGCAUCGGGAAGCGCCUGGCCACGCUGCCCACCAAAGAGCAGAAGACUCAGCGACUCAUCUCCGAACUGUCGCUGCUCAACCACAAGCUGCCGGCCCGAGUGUGGCUGCCCACGGCCGAACACCAGCACCACGUCUGCAGAAUCCCCCACACCCAGGCCGUGGUCCUCAACUCCAAGGACAAGGCUCCAUACAUCAUCUACGUGGAGGUCCUAGAGUGUGAGAGCUUCGAGACCUCUCCCGUUCCGAUCCGAAUCCCAGAGACCAGGAUCCGGUCCGCUCGGUCUGCAGAGAACCUGGACUGUGGCGUGGCGGCGAAUGGAGGCGGAACUGUGGCCAUGACAUCAGAGCACAGAGCAGGAAGCUUCUCCACCGUCCAGAACUACGACAAUGACGAUGAGGCCUGGGCGACCGACGACAUCGGACAGCUGCAGGUGGAGGCGGAGGCUCAGACCAGCAGCAGUGAUAACAUCAGUCAGUUCUCCGUGGACAGCAUCACCAGUCUGGAGAGCAAAGAGCCGGUGUUCAUCGCCGCAGGAGACAUCAGGCGCCGUUUGUCAGAAAACCUCGCUCACACUCCAACCUCAUUCAGGAGAGACCCCGAAGACCCGUCAGCUGUCGCCCUCAAAGAACCCUGGGAGGAGAAAGUCAGGCGAAUCCGAGAGGCGUCGCCUUAUGGUCACCUUCCAAACUGGAGGCUGCAGUCGGUCAUAGUGAAAUGUGGAGACGACCUGAGACAGGAGCUGUUGGCCUAUCAGGUGCUCCGACAACUGCAGUCAAUCUGGCAGCAGGAACGAGUCCCGCUGUGGAUCAAACCCUAUAAGAUCCUGGUGAUGUCCUCAGACAGCGGGAUGAUCGAACCCGUCCUCAACGCCGUCUCUCUGCACCAGGUCCGUAAGCAGAGCCAGUUGUCUCUGCUCGAUUACUUCCUGCAGGAACACGGCAGCUACACCACCGAGGCCUUCCUCACCGCCCAGAGGAACUUUGUCCAGAGCUGCGCCGGGUACAGCCUCAUUUGUUACCUGCUGCAGGUCAAAGACAGACACAAUGGGAACAUCCUGCUGGACUCUGAAGGCCACAUCAUCCACAUUGACUUCGGCUUCAUCCUGUCAAGCUCUCCCCGAAACCUUGGCUUCGAAACGUCCGCCUUCAAACUCACCUCAGAGUUUGUCGACGUGAUGGGCGGUCUGGAUGGAGACAUGUUUAUCUACUAUAAGAUGUUGAUGCUUCAGGGUCUGAUCGCUGCCAGGAAACACAUGGAGAAGGUUCUGCAGAUUGUGGAGAUCAUGCAACAAGGUUCUCAUCUGCCCUGUUUCCACGGGUCCAGCACGAUCCGGGGUCUGAAGGAGCGUUUCCACAUGAGCCUGACGGAGGAGCAGCUGCAGAUGUUGGUGGAGCAGCUGGUGGACGGGUCCAUGCGCUCCAUCACCACCAAACUCUACGACUCCUUCCAGUACGUCACCAACGGCAUCAUGUGAGCUGCCGUCGCCAUGGAGACCGACGCACCAUCACUCCAUCAGACACUCUUUUCCUUCAAUGACGGAUUCUUUGGACAUCGUCUUGCCAUUAAAUUCCACUCUGAUGAACUGACAGAGGAGUGGGCGGGUCAAGUAGUGGUUUUCUCUGCUGCCUUCAUGUGCAGCUGGGAAAUCCCAGAGUCUUGCGCAGGUUCAUUUAAUCUGCCUGUUCUGAGAGAAGCAGCUGCCUGAGACUAAAUAAACUGCUAAAGUUCAACUGGAAUCGACUGGAUUUUAUUCUGAACCAGCACAUACGAGCUCACAGGACGGUUUCUAAGACAUGGAAGAGACGCUGCAACUCAACGUAAGGUUCAUCGAUGUUUGGAUCACACUUAAAAUCUGCUGCUCAAACAGUUUAGACUGAAAUAUUAUCUUGAACAUUAAGGAAUCAGACACUUCUGGGUAAAACCUUUUGACUUUUUACAAACAACAGUUACUAUGAAUUAAGUUUUAAGGUUUUGACUGAUCAGUCAUUGUUUUAGACCCAACAGUAGAAUGAGUCAGUUUGUGUUUUUAUGCUUAUUUUAACAGCAAAUGACCAUUUACAAAAUACUGGAUAUGACAGUCACAGGGUCACUAAUGUUAUCGAUAAAUUCCUGAUUGGACGAGAUCCUCAAAUACGUCAAAAAAAAAAAAAAAAAAACUAAUGGAGAAAUUCUAAGAAUGAAGCACAAAGUGUUUAAAAAAAAAAAAAAAAAAGAAAAAACACUUUCUCUAGAUGUCAGUGCCAGGUCCAACAUAAAUGUCAACCUCCAAGUUGAGUUUCUCAUAAGCAAAUUCAAUUAAAGAAUUUUUUUUAAAAGAAUGUAAAAGUUUUGGGGGUAAAGACAAUUUAGUAAAACUUUAACCCAGAAGCACAAAAAUCUGAAAAGAUUUCAAGAUCUUGUAAUGAGAGUUUUAUCUUGUAAAAUUCAGUUAAAAUUUCAGAAGGUUCAUUCUCCUGAACAUUUUUUGUAGAUGCAACAUAAUAUUAAAAUAUCUUUAAGUAAGUAAAGCUUUAGUUCCCAAAGUUCUCUUUACAAAUUCCCUCUGAAACACAUCAAAACUGCUGUAAAGCAAAUGAAGUUUGAAAACCUCAAAAGUUUCGAUGGAACCCAAAAACACCAGCAGCAAAAGCAGAAAACCUGACAGUGGCUUCUGUCGUCUGUAGUUGGGUUGUUCUUAAAGAACAGAACGGGGAGAAAAACACUAAAUGUAGAAGCACAACGAGAUGUUUGUGUUGUUUUUAUGUUUGAUCUGUUCUUCUUUACUCUCUGUUUGUUCAGAGAAAAGAUGUAAUAGUUGAGAAACCAGAGACUGAACCUGACUUUACUUUGAAACGUGUCUUAACUUUCAAAAUGUUCUUAACGUUUGCUUUUAGUUGCUUUGUUUUUUUCACCAGACAUUUUUCACACGUCUGCAACAUUCAAGUUAAGCUAAUUCCAGGUUCCUCUAAAUAUCCGCACAUUUUUAGCAACAAGGUUGUACAAAAUGAAAUGUUCAAAUAGCAGUUUCACAGAACUUGUUUUGGACAUUUAUUCUCUUCAGAUGGGGAAAGUUUCUGAAGUUUAUGACAGAAUACUAAUGACUGAACAUCUACUGUUUCAGUCACAUGUCAAAAUUAAUGCUAACAAAGCAUGCUAACACUCUAAACGUUGUUAAUGUUGUAAAUGUCAACAUGCUAAGACUAAAUGUUGUCAACAUGCUAACAUUGUAAACGAUGUCAACAUGCUAACACUCUAAACAUUGUCAACAGGCUAACUUAGACCAUGCAUGUUUCUUGGAGCUCACAAACAUUCAUAUGACUUUUCAUAAUCACCGACAGGUAGUUAGAUCAGUCGUGUGUAUUUUACAGAGACUUUCGACGCAUAGUUGACAUGUGGGAGGCAUGCAUGUACAUUACCAACCAGUUAAACCUGUUAGCAUGACAAUGUCCGCUUGUUGCUAAUGAACUGUUUAACAUGCUAACCUUAGCAUGUUUCUGAAACGCUAUUUUUACAACAAAUGAUUUUUACUCUCAUUUGUAAUUAAGUAUUUCACAAAAUACCACAAAACCUGAAGAUGUAGAAACUUUUUGCGAACGUGACCAGUGUCUGGUGAAAAAAGAUACGAUUAAACUUUAAUGUGUCAAGUGAUGAAAUUAUUUAAUCCAUGUGUUUGUCACUGAAUAGGUGUAACUUGUUUCUGUCAACAGGCUUGUGUUAAAGAUGCUGACUAAAUUUGACAGUGUUUAACAGAGGGGAUGGGUUCAGACUCACCAUUGUACUUUGAGGAUUAUCUACGUUCCACUAACUGUACAUCUGUGGAUAACCGACGAAAUUAGUUUGUUACAGUUACGUGUGUCUUGUUAACAAUAAUCUCCAUUUUCUACUAGCACUCUACUUUCUUCCUGACUGGUCCUGAGAUACAUUCCUGUCAGUAACUCCAACUCUUUGUGUUUGACAGAAAACAUAUUUUCCUUUAUGAGAUCAGUGAUGAUCAGUUUCCUGGAUAUGUGAAUGUUUUUAUAACCGUCCACUCAAACUCAGACUGUACCUGUGCUGCUAACACUCUGCAGUGAUUUUAUUCCAGUGGAUUGAUAUUAAAUAAUAUAUGGCUUCUUGGCUUUAUGAAGUUUAAAAGAAAAUACUGAGCUAUUACAGUAUUUCUAUCAUUUAUAUUAUUAUUGUACAUUUUAGAAAGAGCGAAGUAUCCUAUUUUACCUUUUGCUGCUUUUUUAUGAGCUAAUUUCUGCACUUCAUUUGUGUAAUUUGUAUUUGCCUUAAAUCUGAACUAACUGUUCCGUCUCCACCAGGUCUGUACCUGAACCCUGAGUUGUCCAACACUUUUUACAAAUUUAUAGCUAUUGAAUAUAUUUACAGCAGUUUUUGAGAUUUAAAGAUUAAUUGAAAUGUUACCUUUGGAUAUUGUAGAUAUGAAAUAUAACAUCACAUUUUUAUCAAAUACAUUGAAGUCAACAUCAGCUAAGAUUAGCAAGCAAGCUAACAGCAGCUAACGUCGGCUAGCAAGCUACAUAAAUUUAUAGGGAAGUAACAGCACGUCUUGUUAACUAGGGAGGAAUAUAAUUUGUUUUUGCCAGUGUUUGAACUAAAGCUAGCUAGAGAGGUAAACACAUCUAGCGUUAUCUAAUGAACUCACUUUAGUUAAUGUUAGCUAGAGAUCUAGCAGCAAUUAACAUCACUUAUCAAGCUAACAUCAGCUAACACAAGCAAGUGAGUUAUGUGCAAUCUGCAAAAAAGUUGAAAUUGUUUUGAAAAUCUAGAAUAAAUGUCUAUCAGGAUCCUUGAUAAAGAAUGAGGAAUCAGCUAAUCUUCUAUUUUAUUAGCAUCAUCUAUCAGACACUCUUCAAAAAAAACAAAACCAAAAAACCCUGUAUAUACAAAAUAAAUUUAAUCUUCUGUUUCACCAAGAUAAUACAGAACAAAUCAGGCCUCUUGUAUAGAUUUAGAGGGAGAGGACAGUGCAGAUGGCUAGCAAAUGUAGUGCCAUCUCCUUAGUUAGCCAACUACUAACACUAACUACCCUAGCAAGCUAAUGCAAACAAACUAAACUAGGUGGCUAACUCAUAUAGUCAGUAGAUAGCUUCAAGGCUUCAACUAACCGUUAUUUACAUUCUAGAUUAUUUUUCAUUAAGUCUAAAAACAUGUUUAACAGGCCAAAAGAUAAAAUACAGACCACCAUCUAAGAU